CCCCACGCAGCACGCACACACGUGUUUGUGUACAGCCAUGGCGGACAUGCAGAUGAAGAUUCUGCGCAAGAAAAUACAGAAGAGAAAUGAAAAAAAUAAACAACGGAAACUUCUCAGAUCUCAGAAGGAAGAAGAAGAAAUCGGCGAAGAGGUGAAAGCUGAUGUGACCAGAGAUUCUGCUCCAAACAUCACUGAAGAGCAGAAGGAGCAAAGCAUCUCCACCGAGGGCGGCGAAACCUCACAGAAAACCAAGAAGAAAAAGAAAAGAAAAUUGAAUGGCACAGGCGACUCAACAUCCAGUGUGAAAAAGGUCAAAAGGCAGGAUGAAGUUAAAGAGACAACGGAAGCAUCAGCGGGAGAAGAGGAGCAAGAGAGUGAUGAGAAACAGGAGGAAUGUGCAGAGUCUGUGAAGCUUUCAGAGAAUGGAAAUGAAAAUGAAGGAUCAGCUGAGGACGAUGAUAGUGAUGAAGAUGGACCACAGCUUCCCUCUGGUCUGACAGGUGCGUUUGAGGACAAGUCAUUUGCAUCUUUGGCAGAAGUGGUCAGUGAGAAUUCAUUGAAGGGAGUGAAAGAAAUGGGCUUUGAAACCAUGACAGAGAUCCAGCACAAGACCAUACGCCCACUGCUGGAGGGGAGAGACGUGUUGGCCGCAGCUAAAACUGGAAGUGGUAAAACUCUGGCUUUCCUGAUUCCCUCCAUUGAGCUCAUCUACAAACUUAAAUUCAUGCCCAGAAAUGGGACUGGAGUUAUCAUUCUGUCUCCCACUCGUGAGUUGGCAAUGCAGACAUAUGGUGUGCUGAAGGAGCUGAUGACGCAUCACGUGCACACAUACGGCCUCAUCAUGGGAGGUAGCAAUCGUUCUGCUGAAGCCCAGAAACUUGCUAAUGGAGUCAAUAUCCUGGUGGCUACACCUGGCAGACUUCUCGAUCACCUGCAGAACACGCCUGGAUUCAUGUUUAAGAACCUGCAAUGUCUGAUCAUUGAUGAGGCUGACAGGAUUCUGGAGGUUGGCUUUGAGGAAGAACUUAAGCAGAUCAUCAAACUACUGCCUAAAAAAAGACAGACCAUGUUGUUUUCAGCAACACAGACACGGAAGGUGGAGGAUCUAGCACGAAUCUCCCUCAAGAAGGAGCCGCUGUAUGUCGGGGUGGAUGACAACAAAGACACGGCCACAGUGGAAGGACUUGAACAGGGAUAUGUUGUGUGUCCUUCGGAGAAACGUUUCCUGCUGCUCUUCACGUUUCUGAAGAAGAAUCGUAAGAAGAAGCUGAUGGUGUUCUUCUCGUCCUGCAUGUCUGUGAAGUACCACUAUGAGCUGCUUAAUUACAUUGAUCUGCCCGUCAUGGCCAUUCACGGGAAGCAGAAACAGACAAAGAGAACCACAACAUUUUUCCAGUUCUGUAAUGCAGACUCUGGCAUUCUCCUCUGUACGGACGUGGCCGCCAGAGGUCUCGAUAUCCCGGAGGUGGACUGGAUUGUUCAGUACGACCCACCUGAUGAUCCAAAGGAGUACAUUCACCGCGUAGGCCGAACAGCUCGUGGUAUUAACGGCAGAGGACACGCCCUCCUGAUCCUGAGACCAGAGGAGCUCGGCUUUUUGCGAUUCCUCAAACAGGCCAAAGUCCCUCUGAGUGAGUUUGAGUUCUCCUGGACUAAAAUCUCAGACAUUCAAUCUCAGAUGGAGAAGCUGAUAGAGAAGAACUACUACCUUCAUAAAUCAGCUCAGGAGGCCUACAAAUCCUACGUCAGAGCUUACGACUCUCAUUCCCUCAAACAAAUCUAUAACGUGGAGACACUCGACCUCCCGAAGGUGGCGAUGUCCUUCGGUUUUAAAGUGCCGCCUUUUGUGGACCUCAACGUUCACAGCAGUAAAGGAGUGAAGAUGCAGAAGCGAGGUGGCGGCGGAGGCUUCGGCUACCAGAAAUCCAAGAACGUCCACAAGGCCAGGAUCUUCAAACACGUCAACAAAGGGAAGGGAGAUGGCAGGCAGUUCUCACGUUGAGAUUACUCUGAGAAAUAAUCUGAUCAGUCUGCAUUCCAUGUCUGUACAGAAAUCUGCUUUCAGAAGACAUUAUAUUGUUAGAACCUUAAACCACCCAACCUUAAACGUUGAAAAUUUAGUGAAUAUCUGCUCUUUUCAUGUGAGAUUUAACCAGCAACCUUAGUAGAAACGAGGGCUGGUUAAAGGGUUCAGCCUAUUGAUUUUCAUUAAUGUAUUUACUCUUAAAUGGCUUGACAAGUGAUGUUAAAAUGCAACUGAAUAUUGAUUAAAAUGUUGAUAUUUAAUGAAUUUUCCAAACCAUUUAUCAUGGAUUUGUACAAAGCUGACCAACAGCACAGACUUUAAUAUUAUUUACUGGUCAAAUUAAAACCAGCACAUUCACAAUAUUUUCAUUAGGUUGCUUGAUUUUUUUUUUCUUCAGUAUUUUGUUAAAUAUUUUGUAAAUGUUCUACAUAUUGCCCAUUUCCCCAGCCCUAGUCACCGUAAGGGCUGCAAUCGUUUAGUCGGAGGCAACUGCCCACUCAAUCUUUAAAUUGUGCACAAGAACUGCAAGUCUCAGCAAGUAGUUAAUUCUCCUUUAAUGUGUUUUUUUGUCUUAUGGCAGCAGAUUUUUAUAAACACUAUACAAAAAGAAAGGUGAUUAGCAAGAUAAUUUGUGUUAUAUACAUUAUGGGUUUAAAGAAAAAGGCACAAAACACUUCCAGUUUAGCAGUAAAUGAGUUAAAUGUAUAGAAGAAUCUAGGCCAACACACAUUCUGAACUGCAGAGUGUUCCAGAUGUGAUAUCAGCAUGAGGGAAUGUGUGUGUGUUUUGAAGUGCUAUUAGGAUGUGUAUUGAAGGGGUGUGUGUGCUUGUCCAGCUGUUACGAUGCUCCCUUUGCCCUCAGUUUAGACAACAGCAUCUCAUUCUUGCGGCACUCCUGAAACAGACAAGGUUGUGCGUUUUAUGAAUCCGUUUCCUCAAUCCAGAAUAUCAAUAGAUUAAUGUCUACACCGUAUAUGGGAGAUAUGGGGGGGGGGGGACUAAUAUUUUAUUUAAAAUAUAUAUAUAUUUUGUGAGUAUUCACCUCUUUAAAGUCUUUGACGGUUUUAAAGUAGAGUCUCUGUUUAUCCAGCAGCUCCAGAUAUUCAUCAUUCAGCUGAUCUCUACGCAUCUUGUUCUCCUGUCUUUUCUUUUCCAUCUUUAAGUGUUAGAAAAACCACAAAUAGAGUGGAAUCAAACCAAUUUAUAUGCCAAAUAGAAAUAAAUGAGCAACAGAUGCAGGUUUUGUACCUUUA